AUGCGCUUUGAAUUCCCCUACGAGGACAUCAUGCUGAUUAGAGACUAUAACAUACCCGAACCCGAGGAAGGACCUGAACCAGGAUCUCGGUGGACUCUUGUAUUUGAUGGAGCUUCUAAAUCUAAUGAAAAUGGCAUUGGGGAAAUAAUCACCUCCCUAUCUAGAUUUCAUCUACCCUUCACUGUAAUGUUGUGUUUAGAAUAUACCAACAACAUGGCAGAAUACGAGGGCUGUAUCUUUAGCAUUGAAGCUGCAAUUGAUCUUAGGAUCAAAAUUCUCGAAGUUUACGGAGAUUCAGCCUUGGUUAUUAGCAAAGUCAAAGGAGAUUGGGAAGCUCAAGAUCAUAAGCUCAUUCUUUACAAAGAACAUAUCUUGAAGCUAAUCCCAUACUUUGACGAUAUCACAUUCCAUCACAUCCCCGGAGAGGAAAAUCAGCUUGUUGACACCCUGUAA